AUGUCAAACCAAAAAGUCAACAAUAAUCGUUUCAAUGCUGAAGCCGCAGCAUGGGACUCCAAUCCAGGCCAUGUCUACAGCAGCGAAUUGGCAACGAAAGCCGUCUUGAAAUAUACGCUCAAGGCCCAAAGAGACAGUAAAUCUGACCUUGACGUCCUUGAGAUUGGCUGUGGCACCGGGCUGAUGUCGUUCAUGCUGGCUCCUCAUGUCCAUUCUCUCAUGGGUGUCGAUACCGCCGAAGGAAUGGUCGAUGCGUUCCGUGUCAAGCUUUCCGAAGGACGAGACAAGAACCUCGCUGUUGUCACCCAUUUUCUUGAGACUCCGGAUGCUCCUGAAAUCCAGAACUCAGCAACAAAGCUUUUGAGCAGAGUUGAUAACUCAGAAGUGGAGACACCGGUGCGUUGGGAUCUCAUCAUAAGCCACUUGACGUUGCAUCAUAUACCGUCGUUGCCAGACAUACUGCGGACUAUGUAUGCAAGUUUGAAGCCUGGCGGACAGAUUGCUCUCACAGACUUUGAGGACACCGGACCAGAAGCAGUUCUAUUUCACCCAGUGGAAAAACGCGAAGGGGUCGAAAGACAUGGGAUCAAACGGAAUGAGAUGGAAAUGUUAAUCCGUGAGGCUGGCUUUGAAGAUGCGGCCGUCGAGGUGGCCUUCACCAUAUCGAAAGCGGUGGACGAGAAAGAAGCGAACGGCAAGGUAACUCUGGAUUUCCCGUUUGUGGUAUGUUUGGGGAGGAAGCCAUUGCAGGACGAGUACCGGUAGCAGUACUUAUAGAAGAUAAUAAAUAAAUUCAUUCUCCGUUGC